AUUUUCAGCUCACCAAAUCAAAACUGUAAACAAGAAACGACAAGCUAUAUUUGUAGCAAUAGAAAUCACACCAAAACAAUCACUCCAUGCUUAUAACAGCUACAACAAACAAUAUUUUCUACCAUCUCAACCUCAUGAAUACUACAUUCACCUCCAUUAACAUGACUUGUUCUUCCUCCUCACUUGAACAUCUCAGUUUGUUUCUCUGGCCACAUAUACAAAUCAUGGAAAUAUUCAUCGCACUUGUUGUUUUUAUCGCUAUACAUUCUUUAAGGCAAGCGAAAAAACAAGGACUACCGAACUGGCCAUUUGUAGGGAUGUUGCCUUCGUUGAUUUUAGGCCUACGUAAAGACAUGUAUGAGUGGAUUUCUGAUGUUCUCUGCCACAUGAAUGGGACAUUUACAUUCCGAGGUCCAUGGUUUACUAACCUCAAUUGUGUGGUGACAUCUGAUCCCCGGAAUCUUGAGUAUCUUCUUAAGACAAACUUCUCAAAUUUCCCAAAAGGAGACUACUUUCGGAACACUGUCCGAGACCUUCUUGGAGAUGGAAUAUUCAAUGCAGAUUAUGAUAUUUGGCAGAAACAGAGGAAACCAGCCAGCAUUGAAUUCCAUUCUGCUAAGUUUCGGAACAUGACGGCAGAUUCAUUGUUGGAGCUUGUUCAUUCUAGGCUCUUACCUGUUUUAGAAGAUUCAAUCAAACAAUCAAUCCCUAUCGAUCUUCAAGAUGUUCUCCUUAGGCUCACAUUCGAUAACGUCUGCAUGAUUGCCUUUGGGGUUGAUCCAGGGUGUCUCCACCCUCACUUACCUCAAAUUCCAUUUGCUAAAGCUUUUGAAUUAGCAACAGAGGCAACCGUUCUACGGUUUGUCACUCCUACACUUGUAUGGAAAACCAUGAGGUGCCUCGGGUUAGGAACAGAGAAGACACUUAAACAUUCGCUGAAAAAAGUUGACGAAUUUGCUGAUGAAGUAAUUAGAACAAGAAAGAAAGAGCUUUGUUUAGCAGAUAGCAAACAGAGAUCAGAUCUUUUAACAGUGUUUAUGGGGUUAAGAGACGAACAAGGACAGCCGUUUUCAGAUAAGUUUUUAAGAGAUAUAUGUGUGAAUUUCAUUCUAGCUGGAAGAGACACAUCUUCAGUUGCAUUAAGCUGGUUUUUCUGGCUGUUGGAUCGUAAUCCGGAGGUUGAACAGAGGAUUUUAGCUGAGAUUUGUAAGAUUUUGAAUGAAAGAGGAGAUGCUAUUGAUGAAACUCCGUUGAUUUUCAAGCCAGCAGAGAUCAAGAAAAUGGAAUAUCUACAAGCUGCUCUUUCUGAGGCUCUUAGAUUAUACCCUUCUGUCCCAGUUGAUCACAAAGAGGUUGUUGAAGACGAUGUAUUCCCAGACGGGACAGUAUUGAAGAAGGGAACAAAGGUGGUGUAUGCAAUCUACACAAUGGGAAGAAUGGAAGGUAUAUGGGGUAAAGAUUGCAGAGAAUACAAACCUGAAAGGUGGUUGAGAGAUGGACGGUACAUGAGUGAACCAGCAUACCGUUUCACUGCCUUCAACGGAGGACCUCGCCUUUGCUUAGGCAAAGAUUUUGCUUAUUAUCAAAUGAAAUUCACAGCUGCAUCCAUCCUUUAUCGUUACCAUGUUAAAGUAGUGAAAGGACAUCCAGUUAUGCCUAAACUGGCUCUUACUAUGUACCUCAAGUAUGGACUACAAGUCAAACUCUCCAGGCGCGAUCAAUCUCAACUUCCUCUGAACAACAACAAUUACUUUCUCUAAUGUUUGUACGUACGAUCCUUUCUCUAUAUUUUUUUUUUGUAAUUUUUUAAAGAACAAAUUUCAGUGAUAUAAACAUACACCCAUGUAUUGAGAAGAAAGGAAAAAAAAAGAUUGAAAUAGGUACAUAAGGUGAGUGAUUCGAAUAAUAGAAUAUGUGUUGAUUGCUAUGAUUCUUUAAUUUUGAUAUACUACAUUCUUUCUGUUUGUUUCAUGCUCUAAUUUUUCAGUAUCACAUUACUAGAAAUAUUUUUCAGUAUCACAUUAUUAAUAAAUGAGAUUAAUAUGAUGCAAAUCACAUUUUUCAAUAUCUUUCUCCUUCCAACAAAAGUUGUUCGGACAAUUCUUCCUUCAGAUUCUUUAGCCUUUCUUCAAAGACUUGCAAAUAGCUCGGAAGUUAUGACCGAUGCUUUCAACAUCCCCAAAUUAUGACUUUGGUUAAGUUGGAAUUAGGGGUGCCAAAUGGCGGAUCGGACUAAAAUUGGACUUGCCAAAGUACGCUGAAAUUAGUAAUGGGCAAAGAACAAAAAUGCAUACUUUUAAGGUAAAAUUAUCAUUUGUCCCUUAUAAAUUUAUAAUUACAGAAACUUCUCAAACCAAUACAAUAAUACAAGUGAUUUGAUGCGCGAGAUAUAUUAAUCGUUAAGUAAGAUGCUACAUUUUAUACAUGAUACACUAAUCUGAUGUACAUUUUAUACAAGAUACACUAAUCUGAUGCACGAGAUACAUUAAUCUGAUGUGCAAGAUACGUUAAUUAGAUGCGCAAAAUACAUUAAUUUGAUGCGCUGAUACAUUAAUAUGAUGCGUGACAAUAAGGAAUUUUGAAAAUUUGCAAAACUAAUAGAGGAUAAUGGUAAUAAGAGAACUUUAAGGUAUAUUUCUGUCAUUUUCCAUAAAUAAAUGGAAAAACUAUGCUUAUUGGAUCCGCACGCACACAAAAAGAAAGAGAAAAUCCCCCAAAAUAGUUCCUUAUUUUUUGUUAAGACUCAAAGUCAUUUUUGAAAUUUUCCAUGAAAUAGUCCUUCAUGUUCAGAAUAUUGACACUUUUGGUCAAUCCCUAAUUUUUUUGCCUAUAUUUUAUGUUGAUUUUGUUCACAAUUUUAUAUAUGGAGUGUUCAAUCACCUUUUAAUAUAUUUAGUAGACAUAAUAACUCCACCCACGCAUAAAAGGUAAGAAGAAGAAUUGUUCUAUCCACUAGAAAUAUUAUUGUAGAUAAACUAAGAACACCAUUGACAUAUGACAUUACAAAAAAAAAAA